UUAGAAUGUCCUCAUGAAGAAAUAACGUGUGGAUCACUUGAAGAGAGGUUGAGCACCAGCGAAAGGAAAGCCCUGCUUCUGAAUUUUCUUCUAAGCGAAAUAAAAGCUGCUCGGUUGUUCGCUUGUGAUGCUCUUUCUCAACCCAUCACGGAAGAAGGCGACAAGGAGCUUACACCUUACCUCACCUCUGCGCUUAAAGCGGCUGCUGUCCCCAAACCGAGCGGCAAAUUUGAACCUGUCGACAUAAUCGAUAUGCUUCAAAAG